CUAGUGUCUGCCAUCUUUGAUUUUUUUGGGGACAGGCCGCGGCGCGAGCGGGGCCUCACUCAAGCAGAAAAACGGUCAGGCACGAGAUAACGGAGCCACGGGACGAACCGAGAACACCGCGCGCCGCCUCCCGCACCAAAGGCCGAGCUCACGAGGACAGACCGGCGGCUAGAAGCGGCGGGGGACGCACAAAGCAACCAGCCCCCCCCUCGCAUGUGGACAGCGGUUUGUUGGCAGCUAGCGACCAGAGCUAAGCGGGGCUAGCCAGCUUUUGUAAUCCGCCGGCCAGACAGACACUCGUUCACCUCCGACCAGGCCGAAACCGGAUUCGGAGCGGGGGGCACGGGACCUUACAGGAGGCCGGGGACACAGCUGCGGCGGCAGGAGGCUGGUUCUGCGGGCGAGGCCAAAGGACCAGACUCAAUGAGUUUCCAGCGAAAUGUCAGAGAAGUCAGGGCAGAGCACCAAGGCAAAGGAUGGCAAAACAAAGUAUGCGACCCUUAGCCUCUUCAACACCUACAAAGGCAAAUCUCUGGAGACCCAGAAAACUGCUGUGGCUGCCAGACAUGGCCUCCAGAGUUUGGGCAAAGUUGCUGUCAGCCGGCGCAUGCCCCCUCCAGCUAACCUGCCCAGCCUGAAGGCGGAGAACAAGGGGAACGACCCCAACGUCAACAUCGUCCCCAAAGACGGUAGCGGCUGGGCGUCCAGAGCUGAGGCGGGAGAGGAGAGGCAACAGGAAACCCCCCCACCGCAAAGCAAACCAGCACCACUCCAGUCACAAGAGCCGUCUACAGGGGGAAGCCGCUCCUGGGCAAACAACAAGCCGCCGCAGCUCGAUGGAUCUCCUCGUGUAAGCACCCAUUUUCAUCAAGAGUUUCCCAGCCUGCAGGCAGCUGGUGAAGCAGAGAAAGGGGACGGUCAAGAUGAAGAGCCUUAUGGACCGGGCCCAAGCCUCAGACCACAAAAUGUUGGCAGUUGGCGUGAAGGCGGAGGCAGGAAUUUGAACACUGCAUCCAGCCCCCCUGAGAUGGACACCAAGCCUCAGGAGGAGGGCAGCACAAGCCUCGGUACCUCCACUCCUCCCGUUGAAGCCGAGGAAGCCGGCCGAAACACUACAACCGAAGUCCAACGGGAGAAAAGGGAUGGGCGAGAGAGGUGCCCCCCCGCCGCUGCCCCCCCUCAGCCUAAACUUAACGGGGGGCAGCAGCCUCCUGCAGGGGUGCCAACCCACUUUGACCCGGCAUUCAGGAGCAUGAUGCCACCUUAUAUGUUCCACGCCUACCCACAGAUGUCGUUUGCCCCAGGCCAGGGCAACUUCAGAUACCCCGUGCCUCAGGAGGGGGGGAAGAUCCUCAGGGGUUCCCGUCCGGCACGGCCCCAGCAGCCGCCCCCCCAGGCCUGGCUCCAAGACCCCGACAGACCCUCCAUCAUCAGUGCAACAGAGCUGAAGGAGCUCGACAAUUUAGACACGGAUACUGAUGAAGGCUGGGCAGGAGCUCAGAUGGAGGUCGACUACACCGAGAAACUGAACUUCAGCGACGACGAGGAAAACCAAGCUGCUAAAGACAAAGAAAACUGGGAGUGGAUGAGAUCGCGGGCUUCAGAAAACCAAGAGAGCUGGAAGGAGGGAUCUGAAGAGCGCGGGGGAACCAAGACCUCCUGGGCUGACAGCGUAGAUCCUAGGGCGCCAUCACCUGGCAGUGUGGGGCAGUACAGUAAAUCAGCUACUUCACAGGACUACCAGGGCGGCGCGCGGCCGGUCGGCAGCGGUGCCGCGCGGGGGAGCAAACCGCAGGCGGCUGUGGCACCGGGAGCCGACGAGGACUCUGACGCUUGGCGGCAGAAGCGAAAGAAGCAGUCUGAGGUCUCUGAAGCUGUGGAGCGAGCGAGGCGCAGGAGAGAGGAAGAGGAGCGGCGCAUGGAGGAGCAGAGGCUCGCCGCCUGUGCUGAAAAACUGAAGCGUCUGAAUGAAAAACACCGACAGGCCAACGAGGCCAAAGCCGCCAGUGAGCCGAGCGCCAACGAAGAAUCAGCAGCUGCCGGGGAGGAAGUGUCGUCGGCGUCCGUUCCCGCAGCCAGCCCCGUCCCCUCUGUCCCGCAGCCAGACGUCCCGGCUGUUCAAGCCCCUUUGGCUGAGAGGGGGGACAAAGACGGGGAGCGGGUGGAGCGAGUCGAAGCUAGCGCUGAGGAGGAGCCAGAGCUAGCUCGUCAGGCCAGCCCCCCCGUCCAGAGACCCGUAGCUGUAGCCCCGGAGCCUCCAGGCGAGGGAGAAGCCUCUCUGGCUGAGGUCGCUCCGUUAGUGCAGGAGGACCAGACUGAUAGGACAUCAUUACCUAUUAGGGACUAUUUCAGCAUGGAGGACAACAGAGUGGAUGAGCCCCACCUGUCCCUGUCCCACAUGGACCCUCCUGGAGGCGAGGACGUCCCCGUCGCACCUCCGCCGCUGGAAGGGGAGGCAGCAGCUGCUAUGCGUCCCUCCGUCAUCUCAGGCUACUCCAAGCAGUUUCAGAAGUCUUUGCCGCCGCGUUUCCUCAGACAGCAGGAGCAGAUGAAGCAGCAACAGUGGCAGCAGCAGCAGCAAAGUGGAGGCUCGGUGUCCCCCUCAGGUGGCGCCAGUGUUCCCGCCACCCAGCAGCAGCCCCACCGCUCCAUGUAUCAACCUAUGGGUCCCCACCACCAGCACCUGCCCUCCAUGGGCUUUGACCCCCGCUGGCUCAUGAUGCAAUCCUACAUGGACCCCCGCAUGAUGUCAGGCCGCCCCCCUAUGGACAUCCCUGCAAACAUUCACCCCGGGAGAAUGCCUCCGAAGCAGAUCGUACGCAGAGAACCCGGCGACAACUCCAGCUCCAGCUCCGACUCCUUUGACCACUUGUCCCGACCGGUGCGAGACCACGGGUUCCCCUCCGACUCGCGCAUGGUGUGGGGGUCGGAGCCGUACCCGCAGGCAGAGCCGCUGCCCUCCGUAACGCCCCCGAAGGGCCGCGACGAUAAUAAGGAGCAACGGAUGGACUCCAGUCUGGAUCUGGACAGGGCUCUGCCAGCUAUGUAUGCUCAGGAUCACGGCGCGGUGGACUCCCGUAAAAAUAACUUCUUUCGGGACUCUGAGUCCCUGUCUGCGUUCACUCAGGGCCUGGAGGACGUGUCGGGGCCUCUCGACAGGGCCCCCGUGAGCACGACCUUCGACGCCGACGAGCAAGGCUUGCCCAGCGGGGAGGAGGUGGAGGCGCUCGGUCAGGCCAUGCUCCAGAGAAGCGUCUCUCAGGGUUCCAGCCACUCCCUCAAGCUGGACGAGCCCAGGUUUGACGGCUUGCCCCUGCCAACAAAGUCUCUAGAGCUGCCGGACACGGGGGAGCGGGCUGCCGACAAGCCCCAAAGUGAGCUCUACCCCCAGGCCGCCGCAGCCAGCAGCAGGGCCACGCCUCCUGCCGACGGGUUACACAAACCAGAGAAGCUCCCUCUGCCGGCUCCCAGCAAGCAGAAAGCCGACCUCCGUUGGGGUGGGAGAUCGGGGUCGGGUCGCAGAGACGGACCCGGAGGAGACCGACCCGUCCGCAGGUCGGGCCCCAUUAAAAAGCCUGUCCUGAGGGACAUGAAAGAGGAGCGGGAGCAGAGAGAAGAGCGGGAGAAGCGUCACGAGAGGGGAGACAAAGGGGAGCGGCCCAAAAAGGAGCCGCCGGCUAAAGCUCCAUCUGCGGCUGCAGCCGUGUCUGAGAGCGUCCGCGCUCAGAGCGACGGGAAGAGGGAACCUGUGGAGGCGGAAGAAGCUCCAGCUGCCCACCACAGGCCCAGAGACUCACAGCCUUCUUCAGGGGUACCCACCUCUUCCUCGCAGGAGGAGAAAGCCGACAAGCCGCCCAGCAACGACAAACAUCCAGAACCAAAACUGCCCAGCCGCAAAGAAACGCAUCUCCCUGCGCGCUCCUUCAGAAGGGAGGACAGGGAGAGGGAGAGGGAGCGAGACAAGGAGGCUGACAAGGAGAGGGAGUGGCCCGUAGACGCCAACUUCAAAGGACGCGGCCGAGGAGAGUACUACUCCAGAGGGCGGAGCUACAGGGGGACGUACCGCGGCAGGGGAAGCCGCGGCCGCAGCCGGCCCGAGUACCCGUACCGAGAGCCGCGGCUCCGCUCCGACUUACCGUCAGCCGGAGGCGCCGCCGCCUUCCGCAACCGGGAGGAGAGCGAAACGCGCAGCGAGAGCUCCGACUUUGAAGUCAUUCCAAAACGCCGGCGGCGGCGCGGCUCGGACACGGACUCCGAAAGCGAAGGCGGCAGGGAAUCGGCCAGCGACACCGGGCCUUCUGACCGGGAGCCGAGCACCAAACCCAGCCGCCCGCUGAGGAGGGACCUCCUCGGCGAGGGCCGCUCAGGACCCCACAAGAUAGGCUUCGAGCCGCCUCACGUCGGGGAGAAGGCCGGCAUGAGGGGGGACGACGACAGCCGACCCAGACCAGGGUUUCUUCCUAAGGGGGAGCCUUCUCGGCGAGGAAGAGGAGGCUUAUACAGCAGACGAGGUGGCACGAGGGAGCGCGGCGGUCCCCGCUCGGCCCCUCUGAGGAGGCCAGGACCCAGAGACUCCUCGUCUCAGUGGCCUUCUAAACCCAUGGAGACCUUCAGGCCCGAGGACGCAGAGUCCUCCGCAAGAUACGACAACCCCCCUACCGAUCGACGGCCCCCCAAGCUGGAGGGAAAGAAAUUCGGAGAGGGGGGUCCUCAGAGCAGCCGCGAGAGGCCCCGUCGAUCCAGACCGGCCCGGCCCCCGCGGCAGGAUAAGCCUCCUCGCUUCAGGCGCUUGAAAGAGCGAGAGGCUGCGGUGAUGGGAAGUGGAGAUCCCGCCACCAGUCCCCCCGUUUCAUUGCCUUCUGUGCCCGCCGCCGCCACCAGCUCUGCCCCCGCCUCCGUCUCCCUCUCUCCAACAAUGUCCAGAGCGCCGGGGACUCCCCUGACCACGCCCGCUGAGGCUGCAGCCGGCGCGCCGCCACACGACCAAACAUCUAACUUAGACGCGUCGCUGCCUGAGACUGGCAGCCCCACCAUCGCUGCGGUGGGCAGCAAGUCCCCCGACCUGUCCAACCAGAACUCCUCGGACCAGGCCAACGAGGAGUGGGAAACUGCGUCCGAGAGCAGCGACUUCAACGAGAGGAGGGAACGGGAGGAGAGGAAAGGAGCGCUGGAGGCCGCUAACGAGGCGGCCUCCGCCUCCGCCCCGGCGCCCACGCCCCCUCAGGGCACGCUGACGCCUAGUAAGAGCCCGCCGGACGGAGGCGUGACGCCAAAGCGAGAGGGAUCCCAAGCAGCCAAGAGGAGUUUCUCCAGUCAGAGGCCGACGGAGAGGCAGAAUCGCAGAACGCAGAGCGGCGCCAAGACGGGCCGCAGUUAUGCAGGAGGCAAGGGAGAAAGGAGAGGAGGCGGCAAGCCUGGCCGCAAAGGGCCUGGAGCCCAGCAGAGCUCAGAGACGUCGGCCCCAGCAGCUGGAGGAGCCUCCCAGAGGCCCGCCAAAGAGCAGCCCACACGGCGCAAAGACGAGGCCAAGCAGACCGCCAAGAAGCCAAAGGAGAACGCGCUUUCUCAGUUUGAUCUCAACAAUUACGCAAGUGUUGUGAUUAUCGAUGACCAUCCUGAGGUGACCACCACAGAGGAUCCACAGUCCAGUGCCAACGACGACGGUUUCACAGAGGUCGUUUCCCGCAAGCAGCAGAAACGUCUGCAAGACGAAGAGAAACGCAAGAAGGAGGAGCAGACGUCUCAGACCUGGGGCAAGAAAGGCUCCAGCGAGAAGAGCCGAGGAAGUGGAGGAAAGCUGCCGCCAAGAUUUGCCAAAAAGCAGUCCUCCCAGCAGCAGCAGCAGCAUCCACAGCAGCAGCAGCAGCAGGCCGCUCAGCCUCCUGUUGCCUCGGCGCCCGCUGCUCCUCAGCAGCCGCCGUCGGCCGCCUCCGCCCCGCAGCAUCCUCACCACGCCCCCUCCCAACCCGCUGCUUCUCCUCAGACGCUGGAAGGGGCCGUGGCUCCGCUACCCUCCAUCCCCCCGGCUGCUGUGGAGUUCCCCUCCAAGAGUCUCCCCCCCGCGCCUGCACAGCCCCACAGCACUCUUGGUACAGAGCUGUGGGAGAACAAGGUGGCAGGCGCCACCGUCCUUCCCGAUGUCAAGAAACUGGGCCCCAUCAGUCCUCCCCAGCCCCCGUCUGUGAGCGCCUGGAACAAACCUUUGACCUCCUUUACAGGCACCGUGUCCCCAGAGGGCGGCAAGCCUGGAGCAGACGGCAGCGGCGAGUUGGGCAUAGACAGCAUUCAGUUUGGGGCGCCGUCGUCUGCAGGGAGCACCGACAGCGACGGCGGACCGGCGCUGCUGGAGACCGCCUCCGAGAGCAAACUACCUGCUCCUAAAGAACAGAGACAGAAGCAGCCCCGCACCGGUCCCAUCAAAUCCCAAAAGCUGCCCGACAUGGAGCCGGUGGAGCCCAAGGAGUACAAGCCGGGUCCCAUCGGUAAGGAGCGCUCUCUGAAGAACCGCAAGGCCAAAGACGCGCGCGGAGCCGAGGCUGAAGGGAUGGAGGGAGGCGUGUCUGCAGGAGGCGUCAGCAGAGCCACAGACUCCAGCCCCCCCACCAGCGACGCCACGGUACCAGAGCUGGGCGGGGACAUCGAGGGCAUGAUCACGGUCCCCUCAGCGGAGUACUCCAGUAACUCUAAGGAGUCGGUCACGGACUACACCACCCCCUCCUCCUCUCUGGCCGACAGCGUUCCCACGGGCGGGAACAAAAUGGAGGAGAGCUUAGUGGCCAAUGUGGCGCUGCCCCACUCGCUGCCCCUUCCUCGCAGAGAGACCCUGCAGCAGAGCUCCAGCCUCAGCACGGUUUCUCCUGCUACUGUCGACCUAACACUAAAGAUGGAGUCGGCUCGGAAAGCUUGGGAAAACUCCCCGAGUCUGGAGAAAAGCUCUCCGGUCACCUCCUCCUCCUCCCCCAUCACCUCCUGUGCUUCCUCAUACUCGUCCUUCUCCUCGGCCUCCAUGCCCCAGAUCCCUGUGGCGUCUGUAACCCCCAGUACCUCACUGUCAGGUUCUGGUACCUACACCACGUCGUCCCUCAGCACCAAGAGCACCUCCGCCUCCGACCCGCCCAACAUCUGCAAGGUGAAACCGCAGCAGCUCCAAGGUGGAAGCCUGUCCUCCUCCACCAGCAGCAGCAGCAGCUUCUCUCAGCUGGGCUGUGUGCCGCCCCUCCUGCCUCAGCAGCAGCAGACCCCGCAGGUGUACGUCUCCCAGGCUGCAGCAGGCUCUGCAGGUCAGAUUCCAGCCUUCUACGUGGACACCAGCCACCUCUUCAGCGCCCCCCACCCUCGUCUGGCUGCCCCGUCGCUGGCGCAGCAGCAAGGCUUCCAGCCCGGCCUCUCCCAGCCAACGGCGGUGCAGCAGAUUCCCAUUCCCAUCUACGCUCCGCUGCAAGGCCAGCCUCAGCACCAACACACCCACCAGGCUCAGCUAGGGCUCGGUACCGGUCCACCGGUUUCCCAGCCCCAGGACCUGUUCAGCUCUUACAGGUCGCAGCAGGCGUUCAUGCAGGGCAGCUUGUCUCAGCCGUCUAUGAUGCUGUCGGGCCCGUCGCUGCACAGCUACCCCGGGGUGCAAGGCCCCGACCUGGGCAAGCCUCAGUCCAGCCUGGCCUACCAGCAGCCCUCCUCCACCCAGCACAUUCCCAUCCUGUUCGAGCCGCAGCUCAACCAGGCCUCGGGGCUGGGAGGCUCGCAGCUCAUCGACACGCACCUGCUGCAGCAUGUGGCGUUGCUCUCUGCUCAGGCGCGACAGGGGAUGAGUCAGCAUUCGAACCUGUACUCGGGCCAGGUGCAGCAGCACGGCCAGAGCAGCUACUACAGCAGCACUCAGUCUCCCAGCUCCGCCCUGCAGCAGGUAACCGUCCCUCUGCCCGGCUCCCAGCUCUCUCUGCCCAACUACGGUUCGGGGGGAGGUCAGCCCCUGCUGGCUCUGCCUCCUACUCCCCCCCAGGGCCAGCCUCCCAACAUGAACCGGCAGCCCCCGGUCUCUCAGCCCUACCGAGGCAUCAUGGGUCCCAACCACAGCAUGAUGCAGCCUCCAACCAGCAAGAUGGACAUGGAUCUGAAGCUGUUCGGCAGCGCCAUGGACGUGAAGCCGGGGACUCCUCCGGUCGGCGGCAGGAGCACCACGCCCACCUCCAGCCCUUACAGGGCCAGCUCCACCUCUCCCAGCAGCCAGUCCAGUAAGAUGAACAGCAUGCUGUACCAGAAGCAGUUCCAGCCCAGCUCUGCAGCCCUGAGAAUGACGCAGCACUUCCCCAGCCAGUUCAACCCACAGAUUCUGUCUCAGCCCAGCAUCGUCUCUCCUCUGGUUCGCCCUCCUCACGCCAACUCCUUCGGAGGAGGCGUCCAUCGUUCUUCCAUGGGUCCUCCCAUUUCCCCCAACGUGGGCGGCGGCCUGAUGCCCCACCCCCGACCUCAGCACCCGCAGCACAGUCAGCAUCCCCCCCGAGGGCCUGCGGGUUCGUCCCUCCCCCCCAGGGGCACACAGGCGGCCCUGAAGGCGGAGCAGGACCUGAAGGCCAAGCAGCGCGCCGAGGUCCUUCAGUCCACUCAUAAGUUCUUCUCAGAGCAGCAGCAGCAGCAGCUGAAGGCCCCUCAAGUCAGCAAGCCCCCCCGGCUCGACCAAGGAGGGAAAGCUCCGCUCGACCCUUCGGCCUCCAACCACCAGGCAGCUGUGGAGCGCCCAGACGGCGACAAACCCCCCGUCUCCACGGCCAAGCCCGUUCGGACUGGCCCCAUUAAACCGCAGGCCAUCAAACCAGAAGAGGGCAAGUAAAGGCUCCCCGCCCCGCUGAGAGGGAAGACGGACUCUACCCCCGUGUUCACAAUCACAGCCUCAUAUCACCCCGGAGGACGGUGUGGGGCCGGAGGUCCAGGUGGUGGCGCUACGAACAGAGGGCACUGUCAUAUAAAGUGUAAUCCUCUUCCUCCUUUCUCCUCGCCUCGCCUCGCUGCAGGGGGGGGGGGCGACUUUCAUCGUACGUAGAUGCUGAUAAACUUUGCUGCUCAAGUCGCUCCAUAGAAAUCCACCAUCUGAUCGACAGAGUGGGAGAGAAAUCUGAGAAUCGCUGCUGUUAGCCGUUUUUAUAGCUAAUUUUAGUCAUCCCCCCCCCCCCAUUAGCCUGAGACGUAUUAUAGGAGAAACAUGUUUCUGUUUACAAAUAAAUCAAUCCAAUUUGCUUUCCUAAGAGAAGAUAUCAUACUGAGGCACACCUUUUUGUUUGACCAGUCGUAACUAAUCCAGAAGAACGUGUGCUUGAACGGUUAAGAGGCGCGUGCUGCCCCCGCAUCCCAAAAAGUUUUUGUUUUACCACGAUGGAAAUGUGAACCUUGGCAGCGUUUGAUCGAGUGUCCUGAUUGAUUUCCUGAUUUGUCUGCCUACGAGCCUUCGCUCCCGCCUCGUGCUCUCGUCUCCUCGCCUGAGAACGAAACGCGCGUCGAGGCGCAAGGGGAGAAGUUUGCCGCUGGACUCUCCUGUAUUUUUGUUUUUGUUUUUUUUUUUCUUUAGCCAAAGGUUAAAACGCCGCGUUGUUGGGUGGGGGGGGAGUGACAUGGCAACGCCGCGGCAGCAGUUGGGAGCGUGCUCGCAGGAUUUAGUGUGAUGGCGUGGGAUCGUUUAUUCACAGCUGCUCUGUUGUCACACAACCUUGCUCUGCUUUCACACCCAUCCCAGUGUUGUCACGCAAACACCUGUACACACACACACACACACACACACACACAACUUUACAGGAGCACCCAGAGCUGCUGCUGAUGGCUGCUUUCAGGGCCCUUAGCUGGUGUUUUAGCAGGACAGGGCUGUCUAGUAGGGAAAGACGCAGAGUUGACCGUUUUUAUUUUAGGUUUUUUUUUUUUUUUUUUUUUUUUCCUCUGAGCAUGCAUGUUGACCUUCAUAAGGAGGAGGAACAGAAACGGGACGAAGAACAAGAAAAAAAGAUGAAGCCGGAGGCCACAGGCACCGAAGCGGCUGUGCAGAAGGGACACUUUACUGUUUUGUUUGUCUUUACUGAUGAGAGCAAUCAGUGCUGGUUUUCUUUCUCCGCCUCACUUCCGCUGGCUGUCGUCACCGCAGCAACGCUCUCAUCUUGGGGUCGCAGAGACGAGGGUCCUUCAGAAAUGUACAGUAGUAUGCACCCUGAGAUGGCGAGGGACUCCCCUCUCACCUGCCCCCCGCCGGGGGGGGGGAGAAGACUCCUUCAUUUGGAGGAGAGGGAGGGGAAUUAUUAUUUUUUUUGUUGUUGUUGUACAGGGGUUUCAUCACUGUAUUAAGAUAUGUACGGUCUUAUUUACAUUCUCUUGGUUUGGUUACAGAAACUAAUAAAAAUAAUAUACUGUUGAAA